CACGCCUCGUGGGCCUCGUGGCGAGCCGUUGCGCUGCGACCGGGCACCCCCGCCGGCCGCCGCUCACCGGAGCGGCGGAGCGCCACAUUUGCGAUGGCUUCCCCAGUUCCCCCUCGCGCCGCUGCAGUGGAGCACUGGAGCCUUCCUGCCGAGGAUGAUGGGCCCGUGGCCUCGCCAUUGCGCUCGCGCAUCCACUCCCAUGGCCCACCGUCAGCCACGCUCGGGAACCGACGGUACGGGGCUCUGGCCUGCAGCCUGCUGCGCUGUGAUGUGAACCUGUGGAGUCCGUAUCCACAUCGGACCAUAAGUACUGAGCUUGCCUGAACUCAGAGAGGUAUUCCCUCAUUUCUUCCCAGUCAUUUCGUAUUGGUGAGUCACUAGCGGUGUUUCCCAGUUGUUCAAUCAUGGCUAGAUUCGAACCUAGUUCGUCGAUCGUCACGAUUAAUUUUCGCCUUACCAUUCAUUGAAUGCAUCCAGUAGUUUUUUUAAUCUUCUGCGAUGAAGAUCUGUUUUUUUUUUUGCAAGAUGUUAUGCUAGCUUUGCUAAGGUAGGUAGUCGUCUUCUGGCUCUUGUAGAUAGCUGGAGGUGAAUGUGUAAUGCCUUUACGUUCCUGCAUUAUAAUCGAAUUAGAUGACAUUUCUGAAUUCUUUAGAUGACAUUUCUGUCUUUUGCUUUGACUGUUUACUGUUGGGUUUAUUUUAUCGCACCCUAUUCAGCUCCUUUACUUUACAGUAAUGGGGAGAAAAAAGGCAAUGGUUUCACUAGGGAAUACUGUGGAAGGCAAAUGUAAGUGGAGUUCUUCCAGUACUAUCGAUGUAGCACGAACUGCCUGUCAUAUUCACAGGGGAAAAAAAACUGAUAUACAUCCAUCAUUCAUUCAUUCUGUUGGACUUACUGACAUCUGAAUGGGUCUUCAGAAGACUUGGGGUACCUUCUAUGCAGGCAGUCGACUAGCCUAGUCAACAGAGCUCCUCCAUGUAAAUCAGGAAAGAAAAUUCAACAGAUAUUUCUUGAAAUGAAGUGACAGUCAGCAGAAUACUUGUGGUAAGCUAUUGAGACAAAGGAUGCUUCAAAUCAUGCACAUUAGACUGUUCAAACUCUCUCUCUCUGCCACAGGAAGCAUUAACCUAUCUCAUUUUGCCUUGUCAAACGGGCAAUUCUUUCUAUAUAUAUCAGUCAUCCGAAAAGGAAACUGGUUGAUACCAUACCAUAUCUCUCUGGUCCAUCUCCAGGGCCUUAGCACUUUAUCAGUUGCACGCAUGAUGCUUAGGCAGAAGAGCCUUUUUAGAGACAAGGUGUUCGUUGCAAUUCCUGAGGAGCCAAGGGAUGCCAAGUCUAUACUAUCUUGGGUUAUGGACCAUACAUCUGAUGGCGCAGAGAUCAUCAUCAUCCACAUAGUAACUGCACCAAACUUUGAAAGCCAGCAGCAAAUUGUGGACAGCUACCUGAAUCAGUGCUCAAGGAAAAAGGUUAGAGCUGAGAAACGGGUGUUUCUAUUCAACAAGAUCGAUGAAGGCCUUAUUCAUCUGAUAAAAAUAUAUGGGGUCACUGAACUUGUUAUGGGUGCAGCUGCAGAUAGACAUUACAGGAGGAAAAUGAAAGCACCAGAGUCUCAGACAGCAAUGAGCGUGAUGCAACAAGCUCAGUCACACUGCAAUAUAUGGUUUAUUUGCAAGGGAAAGCUAGUAUUUUUCAGGGAAGCAAAUUGCUGCCUACUGACCAAGUCAAAAUCAGCGCGGCCAUCUUGUGGUGUUGGAAACCCAAAGAUGGAUCUCCAAAGUUUUCUUCAACCUAAUUUAGAGGCUAAAAGAUUGGAAUAUAUGUAUAUUAAGGAAAUGAAAUUAAGAAAGGAAACAGAGGAAGAACUCUCUCAGCAAAUGGAAGAAACAGAAUCUCUGAAGCAAGCAACUUUAAUGCUCCAAAAUGAGCUUGAUUGGUACAGAUACCAAUGGAAGGAGAAUGCCAGUGCACUGCAAGAGGCAAACCAGCAGAAGUGUCUUCUGGAACACCAGAUAUCAGAGUCAGACUCUAUCGCCAGCUAUUUAGGAGAGAGCAUGAGAGUGUCUGAUCCUCUCGUCCAGUCACUAAAGUUGGCGUACAGUAAAGUGAAGCGGGAGCGAGAUGAUGCGGUUAAAAAGGCAAGGGACAUGCAUAUGGAGAAAGAGCUCACAGCACCUUGUGCCUAUGGAGUAAUGAACUCUGAAUUCUCCUUGCUGGAGUUGGAGCAGGCUACCCAGGUCUUCAGCCGUUCACUUAACAUUGGUCGAGGUGGAUUUGGAUCUGUCUAUAAAGGUUUUCUUCGCGGCACUACAGUAGCUAUAAAGAUACUAGAUACUGAAAGCUUGCAUGCCCAGUCACAGUUUCAGCAAGAGGUAGUGAUACUCAGUAGAGUGAGGCAUCCACAUCUAGUCACCCUUAUUGGAGCCUGUCCUGAAGCUUCUGCCCUUGUUUACGAGUUCUUGCCAAAUGGAAGCCUAGAAGAUCGUCUGAACUGUGUUGACAACACCCUGCCACUCACUUGGCAGGUGCGCAUCCGAAUCAUCAGGGAGGUUUGCUCUGCACUGAUUUUCCUUCACAAGCACAAGCCUCAUCCUGUUGUGCAUGGGGACCUCAAGCCAGGCAACAUCCUCCUGGAUGCAAACUUACUGAGUAAGGUCAGCGACUUUGGGAUCUCCCGUCUUUUGCUGGAGUCCAGUGUCACUGGCAGCGACGCGCACUUCACCUCCCAGCCUAUGGGGACACCGGCAUACAUGGACCCAGAGUUCUUUGGCACAGGGGAACUUACUCCACAGUCUGACACUUAUUCCUUUGGUGUUACCAUCCUGCGGCUCUUGACCGGAAUGGCGCCUCUACGCCUCAUAAGGGUGGUGCAGGGGGCACUGAACGAUGAUGACCUGCAUUCUGUGUUGGAUCACUCAGCAGGUGAGUGGCCUCUGGUGCAGGCGGAGCAGCUCGCAAGAAUCGGGCUGCAGUGCUCGGAGCUCAGCAGGCAGAAACGCCCUGAUCUUCAACGCGACGUGUGGAGGGUGAUUGGACCUAUCAUAAAGGAAGAUCAUGUACCUUUGUCACAAUCUUUUCGAUCCAUGUUCAGUGAAAGCAGUAGAACUGUUGCCAUGCCAUCCUAUUUCCUUUGCCCAAUAUCUCAGGUUCUCAUGAGAGAUCCUCAGGUGGCAGCGGAUGGCUUCACCUACGAAGCUGAUGCUCUUAGACGUUGGCUGGAUAGUGGGCAUGACACAUCCCCAAUGACAAACAAAACUCUUUCAAACAGUGACACCAUCCCGAAUCACUCGAUGCGUUCAGCCAUCCAAGAAUACCUCCGGCAGAACAAGAUGCAAGAGCUAUUUGCGCUGGGAUAGCAGCAGGCCACUUUUGGAGUUCGUUUUUUAUGGGUGACAUUUUUAGAGUUUUCAGGUGUGCCAACUAAUACGCCUAACGUAAGCACAUAUUUGAAAGAUAAGGUAUUCAUUUGAGUUGAGGAAUUGUAAAUGCAAAAAAAGAAAAAAGAAAAUCCCUUUUAUGAUGUGUACAUGACCUAUAUGGAUUCAGUGGUAUAAUUUGUUCAUGAUUUUCCCAUAAGGAGUGGCGUGGAAAAAUGCACUUCAUUUUC